CCUCUUCGGUCUAAAGCUCCUGCUCUAGGUAAGCAAGGAACAGUUAGAGCAUAGAAAGUGGACAGAAGCUGCCUCUUAUCGAACUGUCUAAGAAAAGAAUGUUGUACUACUUCGUCUUGGUGCUAUGCCUCAGUUGUUGCACACGUGCUUGUAAAAAAGGGGAAAAUGGACCUCAAACGGAUAUACUCAAAGACUGUGAAAACUUGUUCGAAAUGGACGACAUUUAUUGUGAUGACAUAGCUUACGAAGAGAUAUAUAACGGCUGCGGUUACCUCUGCAAAUGCGACGAUAAUCAGUAUCGCUACAUCGAAAAGGAGAACUUUUCGCAAUGCGAUGAAGAUAAGGUUUGCCACGACGGAGAGUGUAAAAGUAUCGUCUUCCAUGAAGUUUAUGAGUCGGAUGAUGAUGAUGAAUCCACGGAUCUUGUUGGAAUAAGGGGAGCAUAUGAUCCUUGUAAAAUAGUUUACUUUGACAAUGAUUUGAAGAACGAGCUGUAUGAAGAGUUGGAAGACGACGGAGAGGAAUGUUACGAUGCCAGUUCCGCAUCGGAAGGAGUGUGUGACAACGGAGUUUGUAUACCUUACGAAGAUUCAGCCAGAGAAGAUACAAGCCAUUUUAAUAUUUCAGAUAAACAUCGCAAACGAUCGGCUGAAGAUUCCAACAUGUCUCUUAUGUCUGCAGCAGGUACACGGAACGAUGGAAAUAACGAAGGGACAAAGACGAAGCCUGAUAGGGGAGAUUCAGCUCAAAGUGACAGGAAUUCUCAGUACAGUGACGGAACAGAUGAACAAAAGGAUUCUGAAGACGACAGCAAUAAACCAGCCGAAGAUUAUAACAGCGAUAACGACAACUCAGAGGAUAAAAACGGGGAAGAUAAAGAAGUUGAUGGAGCACCAGAAGAUAAAGAAAGAAAUAGCAAAAAGAAAUCAGAUAAUACAAAUGGAGACGAGAAACAAAGCGAUGAACUAACCGGAAGUGAGGAAGAGGAAACAAAUUCUAAAAAUAGAAACCAAGAUGGCGAUAAGUUGAAAGAAGGAGAUGAAUCGAGUGAUGCGGGCGGCCAAGAUGAACAAACAGGGGAUCAACACACAGCUCAAGAAAAGGAUGACGAUAAAGAAACUGAUCAGAACAAACAAACAGGAGAAGAUAAAACACAUGACGAUUUUCAAGAAAAUUCGAAGGAUGGAAAGAAUAAACAAACAGACAAAAGCACGGCGGGAGAUUCAAAGGAGGGAAAAAAGAAGGACAAUGCUGCAAAUGGACAAGAUCAACAAACAGAAGGUGAUAAAAAGGAAGAAAAUGGUGCAAACGGACAAGAUAAGAAAACAAGGGAUGACAAAGUAGAGGAUAAAAAGGGAAAAAGUGGUGAGGAUGAAAAGAACAAGCAAACAGAUAAAUUACCAAAAGGAGAAAAAAGUGAGGACCAGAAAAAAGAUGAUAAAAAGAAAGAGGAAGUUGGUAAUGGAAACGGUCAAAAAGAAGAUAAAUUAAAAGAGGAAGGUAAAAAUGCAGAUGGAAAAAAUGAAAAUGAUGCUGGGCAAGAUAAAAAAAUAGGGAAAGAUAAAGUAGAUGACAAUAAAGAUGAUGCUAGUGAAAAGGACAAAAAAACAGAUAAAUUAACGGAGGAAGAUAAAACUAAUGAUGAAAAUGAACAGGCUAAACAAGGUGGUGAUAAAACAGGAGACAAAAAUAAGGAAGAUGAGGAUAAAAAAACAGAUAAAUUAACAGAUGGAGGUAAAACUGAUGACGUAAAAAAAGAAGAUGAGGCAGCUGGAAAACAGAAAAAGACGGGAGAAGAUAAAUCAGAUGAUAAAAAGAACGCUGAAGAUGCGCAACAAACUGAGGGAGGUAAAACAGGAGAUAAAGAUAAAGAAGGUAAUGCCGGUAAAGAUAAGCAAACAGAUAAAAUAACGGAGGGAGAUAAAACGAAUGACAAAAAGGAAGAAGGAGAUGUUAAUGAUCAAAACAAACAGACAGGUGAAAAGGUAACAGACGAGAAAAAAAAGGAAGAUGGAGAAAAUGGAAAGGGUAAACAAACUGAUAAAUUAAAAGAGGGCGAUAAAACGGAUGGCAAAAAGGAAGAAGAGAAUAAAAACGAGAAAGAUAAAAACGCAGGUGAAGAGAAAAAGAAAGAAAAUGGUACUAAUGGAAAAGAUGAACAAACAGGUAAACUAGCAGAGGGAGAUAAAAUUGAUGAUGAAAAGAAAGUAGGUGAGGCAAACGGAAAUGAUAAACAAGAAGGAGAAAAUAAAGCUAGUGAUAAAAACAAAGAGGGCGGUGGAAAUGAAGAAACAGAAGGAGACAAACAGAAGGUUAAACAAACAGAAGGAGACAAAAAUAAAGGAGCUAUCGGCAGUCAAAAGGAUACAACAUCAGAUAAAUCAAAAGAGGAAGCUAAAAAUGAUAACUUGAAGAAAGAAGAUGGCGCUAAUGAACAAGGCAAACAGGCAGCAGAACAGAAAACGGUAGAUGAAAAUAAAGAAGAUGAAAAGAAUAAAGAUGAUAAAAAAACCGACAAAUUAACAGAGGAAGAAAAAACUAAAGGAGAUGAAGCAAAUGAAAAAGAUAAAGAAGCAGAAAGUAAAUCUGAAGGUAAUAAGAAAAAUGAUGAGGGAAAAGAAAAGGAUAAAAAAGCAGAGAAAGCAACAGAAGGUAAUAAAACUGAUGACAAAAAGAAAGGAGAUGGAACUAGUGGACAAGAUAAAGACAUAGGGAAAGACAAAAAUAAAGAAGAUGAUUCAAAUAAAAAUGAUAAAGAAACAGGUAAAAUAGCCGAAGGAGAUAAAACAGAUGACAAGAAGAAGAAAGAUGAUGUUAGUGGGCAAGGUAAACAGGCAACGAAUGAUCAAACAAAUGAUAAAAACAAUCAAGAUGGUGCUAAUCAAAAAGAUAAAUUAAAUGGAGACGACAGAACUGAAGAUAAAACGAAUGCUAGUGGGCAAAGUAAACAAACAGAGGGAGAUAAAAACAAUGAUGAUGAUAAUGCCAGUCAAAAGGAUAAACAAACAAAUAAAUUGAAAGAAGAUAAAAAUGGUGACAACCAGAAAGCAGAUGACUCUAAUGGACUAAGAAAAGACGAAGGAGAAGAGAAAACGAAAGAUAAAAGCAAAGAAGAUGACGGGAAUGAAAAGGGCAAGCAAACAGAUAAAUUAAAAGAUGAAGACAAAACGAAUGGCUCAAAGAAAGAAGACGAAAAGCAUGCACAGGAAAAAAAUGCAGGAGAUAAGUCAGAUGAUAAAAAGAAAGAUGAAGAAACGAAUGGAAAAGAUAAACAAACAGAUAAAUUAGUGGAAGGAGAUAAAACUGAUGAGAAGAAAGAAGGUGAUUCAACUGCAGGUAAAAGUAAACAAGACGGACUGAAUGAAAAAGAUAAAAAAUCAGAUCAAUUAAGAACUGAAGAUGAAAAUAGUGAUAAAAAGAAAGAAAAUGACGCAAAAGAACAAGACAAGCAAGCAACUGAAGAUCAAACAGGAAGUAAAAAUAAAGGAGAUGGUGGAAAUGUAAAAGAUAAACAAACAGAUAAAUCAGUGGGCGGAGGUAAGACGGAUAAUACAAAUGGACAAGAUGGUCAAACAGAUGUAAACGGAAAGAAACAAGAUGAUGCAAAGGAAAAGGAUAAGCAAACAGAUAAAAUAGAGGAUGAAAAUAGGCCUGGCGAUAAAAAGGAAAAUGGGGCAAAUGUAGAAGAUAAGGAAAAGGGAAAUGAUAAAACAAGUAAUGAAAAGAAAGAAGAUGCCAAUGAAAAGGAUAAAAAAACGGGAGAUCUGACUGAGGAUAAAAAGAAAGACGGUAGUGGAAACGAACAGGAUAAACAAAAAGAAAAAGACACAGACACAAACCUAGAUAAAUCAGGAGACAAAAAUAAAGAUGAUGGGGGUAAAAAAGAUAAAGAAAAAGAUAAGUUAACAGGAAGCGGCAAAACUGAUGACGGUAAGAAAGAAGAUGUUGCUAACAAACAGGAUAAAAAAGAAGAUGAAGGCAAAACAGGAGAUAAAAAUGUGAGUGAAAAAGAUAAACAAACAGACGAAUUAACAGGUGCAGAGAAGACUGAUGAUAAAGAGAAAGAAGGUGCUACUAAUGGAAAAGAUAAGCAUGGAGAUGAAUUAACGGAGGAAGAUAAAGCUGAUAAUAAAAAUAAAGCAGAAAAUUUGAAUGAUAAAGAUAAGGAAACAGGCAGAAAACAAGAGGAAAGCGGAAAAGACCAACCAGAGGAUAAAACUGAAAAAAAUCCAACGGAUAAUGCUACAAAAGAGAAUCCAGAUGAUAAAAGCCAGACAACUGAUAAGACUGGAAAACAUAAGCAAACAAAUGGAAUGCCAGGAUCAGAACAUCCUGAUGAUAAACAGCCAUCAGACGAGGCAAUGCAAAGACCUGGUGAAAAUGCUCCUGCAAAUAGAGCACCUGGGCCAAAUACGGCAGGCGGAGGCAAUCCUGGAAGAAAUGGUCCUGCGAAUGGUUCAACUUAGGCAGGUAUGCCAGCAAGAGGAAAUAAUCCUGCCAAACAAAGACGAACCAAGUUAAAUUGUAUAAAAGUUUAAUAUAAUAUACGUGUAAUACAAAAAUUAAAUUGUGCUGAAAUAUCGCCCUUAAGUAUUAUAUUACUUUUCAUUAAUUCUUUUGAAUGAGUAUUAACAUUAAGCUGAAAUUCCAAAUCAGAAAGAUCUGUAAUGCCAUCCACACACUUUUUGAAAAGUUCUGAUUUUUUUAUGUAAUUUUC